UACAACAUGGAUAUCAAAAAUAUAUUUUGCCGUUUAUGUGCUGAAUUACAGCCAGAUUAUAAUUUAUUAGAAAUAAGUGAUGAUAAAGCAGUAAACAUGAAUUUGGCAAAUAAAAUAAUGCAAUGUUACAAUGUGAAAAUAACAAGUGAAGAUAUUUUACCUCGACAUGUUUGUUCGAAUUGUUGUGAUAAAGUGAUCAAUGCAUACGAAUUUCAUGAAUUAGUACACAAAUCACAGGAAUUCCUAAUGAAACAUCAUGAAUUAGUAGACAAAUCGGAAGAAUUUUUAAUGAAACAGAUGAUUCAAGUCAAACAAGAGAAUAUCGAAUCAUCUAAUAACUAUGAUGAUGAUUUGAAUGUAAAUGAUUUCAGUGAUGAUUUCCUAAAUGAUACAAAACAAGAAAAUGAUUCCGAUGACAGUAAUUCUGAAGAUGAAAAACCAUUGAUACAAAGAAAAUCUACAUUAAAGGACUCACAAAAUAGAAUACCUAAACGAGAAUAUUUGUCUGAAGGUGACGUUGAAUGUGUGGUCAAAGAAAUAAAAACACCAAAAUGGAAAUGUCAAAGAUGGAAAUGUCUUGAAUGCAAUAUAUAUAUGGCUAAUCAUAAGAAAUAUCGUAAUCAUUGCUUGAAUGAACACAAUCGAGAAGCAGAAUUUCCAUGUCCAGAUUGUUCAAAAGUUUACAAUAAAUACGAAAGUUAUAAAUCUCAUAAACGUACACAUAGUGGACCAUUUGUGUGUAAAAUUUGUAAUAAAGUAUGUCGAGCUAGUUCAUUAUUAAAACGCCAUAUGAAAACACAUUCAUCUGAAACUCCAUUCCCAUGCAUGGAAUGUAAUAAAUCAUUCAAAACUGAGGAAUAUUUAACACGACAUCAGAAUGUACAUUUACCAGAAGGAAUUAAAAAGAAAAAGCCUAAAGUAUAUUCGUGCGAUUUAUGUCCGAAAACAUUUACGAAACAAGAAAAUUUACAAACACAUAAAGAAAAUCAUAGUCCUGGAGAGCCUGCUAGAAAUUACGUAUGCGAUCAAUGCGGUAAUAAUUUUAGUCGAAAAGAUAAUCUAAAACAACAUAUGUCAACACAUUUAAAAGUAUUUCCAUUCAGAUGUGACAAAUGUCCAAAGGCAUUUAAAAAUAUAUACAGUUUACACAGGCACCAAAAAUGUCAUAUGGAAGCUAUGCCAUUCACUUGCGAUGUAUGUUUACGACCAUUUCGACAUAAACGUGCUCUAAAACGGCAUGCUCAAAUUCAUACAAAUCUAUUACCUUAUGAAUGUGAAUACUGUCAAAAACGUUUUAGAGAAAAAUCUUAUUUAAAGAUACAUUUAAGGCAGCACACAGGAGAACGACCGUAUUCCUGUCUAGAAUGUAAUCACAGUUUUACAAAUGAUUCGAAUUUCAUAAAACAUUUAAAAGGACGUCAUGGAUUAGCUAAUGUUUCAGUAGCAAAUCAACGGCAAUAUCCAUUUGUAUACAAAACAGAUGAAUAAAAACAUGCAAAUGGGGCAUGUUAACGAGAAAAAAUAUUGCAUUGUGAAGAAAAAUUGUACAUACAAUUGAAAGAAGAAAAUUUGAACCAAUUAAAAUAUUCUAAGUGUUACUUUAUGUAGUGUUAUGUAGUAAUUCGUACAUUUGGAAUGUGAACUACAGGUUCAAUAUAUGUAGAAUUCAGUGUACCUAACUUAAAAGUCUCUUACUGUAAACAAUAAGAUCAAAAUUUCAAUUUUUAUUUAUUUAUUAUUAUUAGUGUCCGGCCGAUGCUUCAGCUUCGCCCAUAAAACCAUCUUCGGCGAAAAGAUAAUUCUUUAUCAUCUCAUGCUCAACUUCUAGAGAUGAUUUAAAUUACUAUCCAUUUUACAGAGCCAAUAAAAACCUCCAAUAUAUGGAUUUAAAAUCAUUUAUAUUAUUCAUUUUAGCUUGAAGCCAUUCUUGAACAAAAUUUUAAACUUUAAGCUUCGGCCGAAGUUUGUCGCGAUAGUCGAUAAAUCUGAUUCACCUUCGGUCGGACAUUGAUUGUUUUACAUGUCCGUGGUGUAAAUAAAACACUGCCAAAUAAAAGAAUUGAUAUAUUGAAAAUAUUAGUAAAUGAAUUUCAAUCUCUUAAAUAUACGAUCACGGAUUUAUUUAUCUCAACAAUUCGCGACUCCAAAAUACUGAGCUGACUUCUAAUGAUUUAAAUAUGAAAUGGCGAAUUAGGAUGUAAACAUUAUCUUAGAACAUAUAAUUAAAUGACUAAAAAAAGGAUUUUAGCCCCUUGGUUAUCAACAUGCAUGUAUUAUUUUGCAAGCAAUUACCCUCAAAAGGUUCAAUACCAUGAAGAUGUUUAUACCCUCUUUAACCGCUAUUAUAGUACCAUCUAUAGUUUUUUGGGGUCGCUAAUUUACAAGCACAUUUUUUUUAAUGUUGAAAA